AUGCGCGGUGUGUUUUUGAAGAAGUCCGUCUGGUACGUCGUGAACCGUGAAACGACUCCGACUUUCACCGACCCUCGAGCGCCCGAUGAAUACGUCAAGGCGAGCAAUGUCGCAUUUGGUAUGAUGCUGCUGCACAUGAAUGCGGAUUACCACCAUGUGCUUGACAAAUUCGAGGAAGCGUGUGUUGCGUGGACAAGUCUGAAGACGCUGUACGGUAGGUCGCAGAAGGCAGAACGCAUCUUCCUUAAUCGGCGACUUUUCAGCAUCAAGAUGGAUGAAGGCUCGUCUAAAACGGCCAUCGAGGGUGUGGGAUCCAUCAUUGAAAAGGUGGUUCUGCCCAACGGUGAAGAGCGCGAGAUCAAGAUCAAGAAAGCGUUAUAUGCUCGAAGUGUUAUCAAGAACCUUCUUUCGGUGCCACAGAUCAACACGCAUGGCAAGUUCCAAGUCGUGUUUAACGGGUCCAAGAUGUAUGUGACUCUCAAGAACUCACAGCAAGUGGUGGCGACAGCGGAUCUUGUGGAUGGACUCUACUGGCUUCGGACGACUCAACGAUCAGCGAAUGUGACAACAAGUGGAAACAGUUGUGCUGACCUACAUUCGCGAAUGGGUCAUGCUCCAGUCGAUGUACUGCGCAAGAUGAUCACGACCAACAUGAUCAAGGAUGUGCGAGUCCCUCUGAAGUCGGGUGGAGCAACUGCAUGUUGA